CAUGGCGGUGCCCCUGCUGGCGAAUGAUGACGAGUCGUCUGCACCAGAGCAGCACGAUCUAUCGUCCAGCAUGCCGUCCAACGAAACCGAAACAAGCAACGGUGAUACUACUACGGCUCAGCAACUACAAGGAACAAACAUCGAGGAUGUGGAAGAUGGUGACGGUGACCAAAGUGAAAGUCAAGCGCCGCAGGCUCCACCCCCCGAGGAGAACACCCGGUCCUCGUCGACGCCGUCUGGGGGUGGCGGAGGCGGGACGAUAGCGCCCGAGCAUGAUGAGCAAUAUCGAAGAGUACCGAGAGCUACCAUGCAGGUGCAUCUUGAAGAAGGGGCAAGUUGAUCCGAGUUCCGUUGUUGUCCAGUAAAGUUCCAGGUGGAUUCAUAUCACUACAGAUGACACUAGACAACUUGUUCUUCCGUGUUUGCUUUAUUAUCGCAAGAACAUCUUCUUGGCUCUGCCUCUGGCAUUUUAAAAAUACUCGUACAAGUAAGUACUACGACUACCCUCAAGCAGAAAAUAUCUUUAUCAAUCUCAAAUAGACCUCCUCCCACCCUUGUUUCGUU